AAUGUUAUAUUAAUAGGCAAAACGUCAGGGCGUGAAAGGCUAUCAACAGCCGCCACAACAGCAACAAAUUGGCACCGGAUAUAGACCUCCGGCCCCACAAUCACAAGUGGGCGCACCUCAGAGAACCCGACCGCGACGUCCGCCGCCAUCGCGACCUCAGCCUCAAGAGGAUGAGGGACAGGACAACAGCGCUGAGGGAGAGGCCAAUCCCGAGCCACCCAUAUAUGGAGGAGUGAUGGGAACGCCAGGCGUCGACUUUCCCGGCUAUACGCGAGUACCCAAAACCAGUUUCACGUGCACUGGUAUGCCAUACGAGCCGGGAAUGUACGCCGAUAUGGAGACCCAAUGCCAGGCCUAUCACAUCUGUUUCCAGGGACGGAAGGAGAGUAUGCUAUGCGGUGUGGGAACGGUCUUCAAUCAGGCUAUUCUCGGCUGUGAUUAUUGGCAUUCAGUCGACUGCUCGCAAACGCCUAACUUCUACUCAAUUAAUGAAGAAUUAGGUAAAGCGGGAGCAGAGCCGGGACCAGGAGGUGCUCCGCCAGCGAAGGCCCAACCAGUAUCCCGACCGGCGUCACGACCCGCACCCAGACCUCAACCGCCCCGACAACAGCCCCAACAGCCUAUCGAUGAGGAGACCGAAUAUAUUGCGCCCCAAAAGCCGCAAACCGGUCGCUAUCAGCCGCAGCCGUCAUCUAAAAUUCAACCCGCAUUUCCACAAAGACCUCAACAGCCAUACAGACCACAACCCGCUCCACAGCCGCCCAGAAAAACACCUCAACCACAACAACGACCGUUCGCUCCACAGCCACAACGCCCACAACCUCAGCCCCAACAGCGCCCGUAUCAGCCACAGCCUCAAGUGAAGCGACCACAACCGCCUCAACCGCAGCCCCAACAGCGCCCGUAUCAGCCGCAGCAGAGGCCAUACCAACCACAACCCCAACCCCAGAGGCCAUACCAACCACAGCCUCAACAGAGACCAUAUCAACCACAACCCCAACAAAGACCAUAUCAACCGCAGCCACAAAUUGGUAAGACCUCUCCUCCCCGGUCUCCUCACUCUUUCCCACCGCCGCCUCUUCGACCCCCACCUGAGCCCCAGAGACCCAUCGUUCAGAUACGGGAUGAAGAACCGGUCGAUUUCUCACAGAAACAACAGCAGACAUACGAUUACUGAAUAUAUUGAUUCAAUUCAAUCAUUUAUAUAUAACACCCAAUGAUUUCAAUAUUCAUUCAUUUUACACCAAUUUAUUGUUUAACUAGAGUUUAAUCAUUAGAUUAUAAUUAUUAAUAUUUUAUUUGUUUUCUUAUCAAAAAUCC